AUGAAUGUUCCGGAUCAAUCUUUUCUCUUUCAGCAUCUAAGAUCGAUAGUAUUGCAUUCUUUGGAUAACUUUAAUUAUAACAAUGCAGAGUUUGCCUGUGAAAGACUCUUGGCUCUCGAUCCAGGAAACUUGGAUUCUAUUUACUUGUACUGCUUGACUUUGUUGAAGAAGAAAAGGUACAAGGCAUGCUUCAACUAUUUAGUUGAUAAACUGGAUCACUUGGGGUGUAAUUAUCUCUUUGGUAGACUGUGUCUUCACUUGAAGAAAUACAAAGAGGGAAUCUAUAAGUUGCUAAGAAUGGAACCAGUGUUUAGCGAGUGUAGCUAUUUUCUGUCGCUGGAAAGCAAGCUAAACUAUGAAAACAGCAGACAUGUAGGGCCUGAUCUGUCUUCCGUAUACCAUUUACUUGGAGAUCUAUACAGUGGGUGUGGCGAUGUGAAGAAUUCUGCAUUGAGCUUCAGCCAGUGCUUGAAGUACAACCAAUUCGACUUUGAGGCAUUCCAAAAGUUGACGAAAUUGGGUGUUAAUGUCAGGGUUAAGGCGCUUUAUAAAUUUCAGGAGCAGCAGCUGUCUUUUGGUAUAGAUAGAGAGGUUAUAAGUAGUGGGAAUGUUAAAGCAAAUACUGAUAAGGUGAUAACGGGAGGUGGGCUUGGAGGAGUCGGUGGCAGCAUAUCCAAUCCAUUCUCUGCGACUCCACCUAGCCAGCCACCGACUAUUCAUGCAGAUGAUAGCUUUAUAUCAACCCCUAGAGCACCCAAGCAAACUUCCUUCCUAGAUGCUCCAUUACGAAGAAGUAGCCAUUUUGAUAAUAACAAUCUACCUCAAUCAAAUUCAAGAUUGGACAUAUUCACCAAGCCAAGUUUUCCUAUAGAUUCUAUUACUAAGAAUAAGCGAGACACUUCCUUUUCAAAGAUCACUUCAAGAUUAACUCUGAAAGAUAAUGGUAUAGCUGGCAGUACUAGCAACAACAAUAAUAAUAGCAGCAAUAGUAGUAGUCAUACCAAUUCAAUGGGUGGCGGUGGAGUUUCUGGAAGCCUGGGCACUGAAAACACAAGUACUUCAAGAUCCCAUUUGAAAAGGAACAACUCAUCUUCGAUGGAUCCUUCUGCUGGUCCAUUUUCCGCUCAAGUUGGAGGAAUAUCGGGUGUCAACACAUUUACUGGCAGUCACAAUGUGGGAGGUAUAACUGGGGGAACAGUAGCUAAUGGUGGCAAUAAUGGAAGUACCCCGCCUGUUGUAAUACGAAGAAGGAUCGAAAAUAGUGAGCGGUACUUGCUAUCACUCUACAUAAUAUUUGCAAAAGGGUUUAAAAGUUUUGCCAAGUACGAUUGCUACAAAUCUAUUAGAAUUUUUGAACUGCUACCUGAAAAUGAAAGAGAGACUCCAUGGGUUUUAUCUAAAUUGGGUAGGUUGCAUUACGAAAUUGUUAAUUAUAAACAAAGUGAAUAUUUCUUCACCAAAUUGCGUCAAAUGGAUAGAACUAGAUUGGAAGAUAUGGAAUACUACCUGACGUUAUUAUGGCAUUUACAUAAAAAAGUCGAAUUAACAUACUUGGCUAAUGAACUAUAUGAUUUGGAUGCUGAGCAUGCGAUCACUUGGUGUGUUAUAGGUAAUUUGUUUUCCUUAGCAAGAGAGCCUGAUGAAGCCAUCAAAUGUUUCAGUAAGUCUGUGAAAUUGGAUGAUCUGUUUACGUAUGCGUACACCUUGAAGGGACAUGAAUAUUUUAGCAAUGAUAACUAUGAGAUGGCGUUAGAGAAUUUCAGAGUAAGUUUACUCAAUGAUCCCAGGCACUACAAUGCGUUGUACGGGAUUGGGAUGGUGUACAUUAAUUUGGGCGAUUACCAAAAGGCAGAUUACCAUUUCCGUAAGGCUGUAUCGAUCAACCCGAUAAAUAUAAUCUUGAUUUGCUGUGUGGGGAUGGUUUUAGAGAAAAUUGGUAAGAAGUCGUUGGCCCUAAAGCAAUAUGAGCUUGCGAAUAAAUUGCAACCAUUAAACCCACUCCCAAUUUUCAAAAAGGCACAAUUAUUGUUUUCAAUGCAACAAUUUACGCAAGCUUUGAAGUUUUUUGAAAUAUUGAAGGAUAUGGCACCAGACGAAGCGAGUGUACACUUCCUCUUAGGACAACUAUACAAGAUUCACAAUGAAAAAUUCAAGGCUAUAAGAGAAUUUACGAUAGCAUUAAAUUUGGACCCCAAGGGCAAUUAUUUGAUAAGAGAGGCCAUGGAAUCGUUAAAGAACUAG